GCUUGCCAUCGGUAGCUCUGCAGUCGUAGCUCCAGCGGUACGAGACCAUUGUCCAAUAUGCGAUACUCCUCAGCAGCAACACUCCUCUGCUCCCUAGCAGCACCGGCCUAUGGGCUGCCUGCGCCUCAAUCCGGAUCAGUCCCAGGUCCCGUGGAUCCCGUCCAGGUCGCCAAUGCACCGUUGCCUUCGGACGCCUCGGGCUCCCUUCGGGGGUCGGAGGACUUGCUUGGCUACAAAGCGUCCAAUCCCGUCGAUAUGAAGACUACGGUCAUUCCUCCGUCUGAGUUUGAGCUUGCGCCGGGCCAGUCUGAAGACGCAGACCUGGGGCUCUACAUCAAUCUGGACAAUGUCAAGAACCCGCAGCCAAUUAGAGGAGGUACGACGGGUCCUACAGAGCCCGGUCCACGGACAGAGGCAUAUGAUCGCCUGAACAGCGAUCUGUUCAUUCCUCCUGCAACCGACAAGGGCGAUGUCAGCAAUGCAAAGUGGCCAUUUGGCUUGAGCCACAACCGCCAUGGUCUCGCGGGAGCAGGCUGGGCCCGAUCGCAAAAUGUCGACCAGCUGCCGAUUGCCACGGCCAUGGCUGGUGUCAAUAUGCGACUCAGUCCUAAUGCUUACCGCGAGUUGCACUGGCAUAAGCAGGGUGAAUGGGCCUACAUGCUCAACGGUAGCGUCCGUGUUGCUUCGAUGAACGAAGCCGGUCAAACUUUUAUCGACGACGUGCAGGAAGGCGAUGUUUGGUUCUUUCCCCCGGGCAUCCCGCAUUCGAUCCAGGCCUUCGACAAUGGCUGCGAAUUCCUUCUCAUCUUUAGCGACGGCACCUUCAACGAGGACAACACCUUCCUGCUCUCUGAACUCAUGCUCCGCAACCCAAAGUCAGUCGUGGCCAAGAACUUCCGCACAUCUGUCAAGACACUAGAGAAGCUUCCACAGGACCAGCUGUGGAUCUUCCCCGGUACACCUGCGCCCAAGGAUAUCAGCGAGCAAAACGUCACCGGGCCUGCAGGCGUAAUGCCCAAGGAAAGUGCCUACACGUACCACUGGAGCCAGCAGCAACCGGUCAGAGUUCCAGGCGGAACUAUCAAGAUCCUUGACCCUGUCACUUUCCCCGUUGCUGACGGCUUCUCGGCCGCCCUCAUCACGGUCGAGCCUGGUGCGAUGCGCGAAAUGCACUGGCACACGACUUCGGACGAAUGGACCUACUUCAUUAGCGGCAGGGCACGCCUGACUGUGUACGAGGCACCGGGAUCGUCUCGAACAUUUGACUUUUCUGCAGGUGAUGUGGGUUACGUGCCCAUGCCCAACGCGCACUAUCUGGAGAACGUCGGAAACGAGACGGUUGUGUACCUUGAGGUGUUGCGAGCAUCUCAGUACAGCGACAUUAGUGUCAACCAGUGGCUGGGAAUCACACCAAAGCAGAUUGUCAAGGACCAUCUCAAGGUGGACGACGACUUUUUCAACGGACUGUCCAAGGAGAAGAGCUUUGUGAUCCAGGGAAACCCGGACCUGACGACGACGGACUUUACGCCAGGAGAACACGGGGGAGCUUGAUGGGGUGAUGCACGUGCAAUAUAGCCGCUUGUGGCAGCUAGAAGGAUUUGUUGGGUUUAGGUGUAUCUAGGCAUAAUAGAC